CAAGACAUGCUGUUAGUUUUUUUCAAAAUUUGCAUCGAUUCAUUUUGCGUAUUUUAGUUUCGAAAAUUUCAACCAAUGAAAAUCCAUGAUAAAUCAAACAAAAUGGAUGCGCCCACAUGCAGAACGUGUCGGGCCAUUCUUGACAAGAAAUCAAGGAGAACAAUUUUUUCCUCAACGUUUGAAUUCACUCAACAGUUAUGUGAAGUGUUGGGAUCAAUCCCAUCUCCAAAUGACGGCUCGUAUGUGUGUAGUCAAUGCUAUUCAAAAUUACGGAAGUUGUAUAAAAUUGACUAUGACUUAUUGCACAAGAUGGAAGAUUUGAGAAAGGAGAAAGGAGAAGUAAUUAAAUCGUUUCGUCAAAAUCUGACGUUGGGUAAUGUAAGUGCGACCGCUACCAUGAUCGAAUUAUCAUUGAGAAACGAGGACACGCUGACACCAAUAGAGAAUGUAAUCUCAGAUGAUUCCAACUUGGAGUCAAAGAGAAGUAGGCAGGGAGUUGGACUGUCACCAACUCCAAGGAAAAUAAAGAAAAGUAAACCAGUUUCUGCAAAGACUCCAGAUAAACCCAAGCGAAAGCCAUGUAUUAAACUUUUGACACCCAGUAAAAUUAAGGUGUUGUUCAACACUGGAAAACAGAUCAAAUCUAGACUUGUGAAGGAUGCUGAACUAAAACGAGUUGUCAAAGCCAUAUCAAAUGGACAGCCUAAACGAAAGAUAGCAAUGAUAGCAUAUAACUCUUUUCUGAAAGAGGAAUUCAUUAGCUGCGUUAUCAGUGACAUAAAAAAAGACAUUACAAAGUUGGUAUCCAAAAAGGCAAAUUGCUGCUUAAGAAGUACAAAGUGUGACAACUUAUCUAAUUUCAAAUUUGACAGAUUACUUUUUGAGAUACAGUUACAUGCUCCCAUAUUAUACAAAACUCUGUCGCAUUCUCUCAAAGAUUCCCACGUUGGAAUAGCAGUAACCACAGCCAUUAUUACGAGAAACAAAAAUAUGCAUAUGUCUGCACUACAUCACAUUGUUGCUCAAAUUUUGGAUCACAGUGGGACAACAGAUGAGUGCAUUUCCUUGUUCCAAAAAAUGGGACUGAGUGUGUCCUCCUCAGCAGCAACUAAGAAGAAGGCAGAUCUAGCAGAGUACCAGACUGAGCACAUCAACUCGACAGUCAUCAAUGAAAAAAAGGCACUGGAAACUUUAGCUCGUGUAUCAGCAAUUUUACAAGUUGACUUCUGCUGGGGAAGUAGGUACUUUAAGUCAGCUGCGAAAUGUUGUUCACAGAAUAGAUGUCCAUGGUGGCGAUGAAGUCAUUCAGAAGUACAGAGCUCACUAUGCAUUUCUGAUGGACUACUUGGAUGCCUUCACCGCAGGAGCAUGCCUACAUCUUCUGGACAUGGAUAAUUUGGAUUCUGAACCGAACCGAAAACAAGAGAUUUUUGAGACCCAAUCUGCAGAAGACAAGAUCAAGUUUAUUCGUCAGAUUGCCAAGGAUAUACUUGAUAGAUAUGUAAACCUUAGUGAUGAUUGUGAUCGAUUGUCAGAGAAAGUUCAAGAACUAGAUGUCAAAAGUCAACAAAUCCGAGACAUGUUUGACCAUGAAUUACAGAAAUAUAUCUGUAUCUCUUGUGGAAAGGAAUAUAAAAAAGUAGGUCAUCUAAAGAGACACCUGAAAGAGAAACAUUUGUGGGAUUUUAGUGAGAAUGAUGCAGGAGAGGAGAAACCUGAUCGGAUUGGUCUAUACAGAGCUUCAUUGAUGAAAUGUUUGCUAUUGCUGAAAGACACCAAUGAUGGAUAUUGUAUGGGUGAUGGUGACAGGAUAAUGGCCAAUGCCAAGUUCCAAAUGCUACUUUCAGGUGUAACUCAUCACACAAAAUAUCAGAUCUGGUUGUUUCGCUUCUUAGCCUAUUACCAUUGUAUACUUAGUCCCAGAGAUGCUUAUGAAUAUAAGUGGAACUGUACAGCAAAUCUUUCUGGUGGCAACAGACACAACAUACCAAACGACAAUUUGGUCGAAAUCAUGGUCCACAGAUUAAAAGAAAAAGUGCGCACACAAGGAGCAAAUGUUACUUAUGAAAGUGCAAGAAAGGCAGCCCUAUCACUUCAGAUCCAAGAUCAAAUCAAGUGCAAUAUGAUGCAAGAGGUCAAAAUGAAGCCUAAAGGGACAUCGCGGACUGAGACAUCAAAAAAGGUCGAUGUAGAAUUGAUGAUUGAUGAAUUGAAAAAAGCUGAAAUAUUUGACUAUUUGCCUGGAAGGCAAUUCAACGCCUUUUCUUCCUUUCAGGACUUAUUCUCAAGGGUUAAAGUUGUAGACUUGCAUAAAUGGAUUCAAAGCCAAAAAGAAGCAUUAUCAUAUGAGCUUGUAUAGAAAGAUUAUGAAGGAGCAAAACCAUUAAAUUUGAUGUACCAAGACA